AUGAGUUUUAGUAAUAAUAAUUAUCUCUUUGAGACACUUCCAAACUUCGUUCAAACUCAGCUAGACCAAUUAGUAGAUAAAGCAAACAAGAUCGAUUAGUAUAUAAUCUAUUUUUAAAUAGGAAUGGGAGAAUAAAAUUAAUAAUAGAGAAAUUUUGCGAACUAAAAAAUUUGUCAAUUGCUUUGGCCACUAAACUAAAAACUUAAGAGGGAUUUAUGCUUUAUCCUAAAAUUAUAUCAGAUAACUAUAUAAUUGAAUUUAAAGAGAUCUAAGUUUGUAAUUUGAGAAAAAAUGAGAUUAUUUAUUUCUAAGAAUGGGCUUUUGCAAAUUUAAACUAAGUAUAUAUAAAUUACAUAAUAGAUUGACUUAUAUUUAUUAUAAACAUUAUUAAGAUUAUAAUGUAUUUAAGUGUAAUUUGAGUGUAAAAAAUAUUUUGAAGCAUAAAAAAUAGAUUAUAAAUCAAAAUAUAAUGGUGACUUAAUUAAAAUAUUUUUAAUACUUUAAACUCAAUAGAAAGACUUUCAGAUAAACCCUGAUAAUUUUUUUCUAAGUUUAUUACAAAAUUGCCAAAGUAAGAACAAUUAAUUCAUAACAUAUGUAAAUAAAUUUUUUAAAGGAAAAAAUAUGUAGAAAUGUAUUUAGUUUUUAGAAGAUUUGAAAUAAACUAAAAAAAUAUAAUCAGAAAAAAGAACUGAAUUUAAAUCUUAUAGAGAUGAAGAAAAGUUUAAGAAAGAGUCUUAAAAGGAUUCAUAAUAGAUAUCUUAGUAAUUUUCUCAAUAAAUAUCUUAAUAAAUUUCAUAAUAGAUAUCUUAAGUAAUUCCUUAGAGUUAACAGGCAUAAACAACAAUAAGAAGAACUUAAUCAUUAAUAUCAAAUGAAUCUAAUUAUUAAUUAAGUUUAUUAAGUAAAUAAUCAGAAAACUCAAGAGAUUUAAUUUAAUCUAGUCUAAUGAGUCGUCCAUGGACAAAAACAAGAACUAUAAAAGAAGGAAUAAAUCUUAAAUAUAAGGUAAGUUUAUAAUAUUGAUAAGAGUGAAGCGAGAUCAUGAAUAUAGACAGUAGAGACAAUUAUAGAGAGAAUCUAGAUAGCAACGCUUUUUUAAUGAAGAGGUAAGUAGAAAAGUUGAGAAUAUUAAGAAAAGAGGAAGUACAAGUUGGAAUUGUGAUUGUUUAGCUCCAGAAACGCCAGAAAAAUUUAGUGAUUGA